AUGCUCACCUCGACUCAACAAAUCUUCAAGUCUUUCAAUUGUCCCAAAUGUGACACACCAUACUCGAAGACGGCAGGCGCAGAGAAUACACCAACGCAGACUAUUUGCUCUUUUCAAGAAUUUCCAGAAAUUUUGCAUUCACUUUCGAAUGGAUCGGGUUGUUUUGAUCGCGAGCCAACUCCAUCGUAUUACUUAAUGGAGCUGCUCUCAAGUGAGGCUUUCAAAUUGGAUCGGCAAGGGAAAGGAUAUGUGCAAACAACCCAAUCAAUCACAAUUCCGGAAUGUCCGGUUUGCCAUCAGAAAUAUUCGUUGAGAGAUGCCAAAAAAGAGCCAUGCAUUCUCCAUUGUGGACAUACUGCAUGGGGGGAAAAUCGACUUAAAACCUUUCUGCGAGAACUUGAAGAAAAAUCGACGCAAAAAGAAGCUGAAAUGAAAAGCAUUUGUGAAGAUUGUGGAAAGGAGGUGUCUCUCCUCGAAAUGUUCCAAUGCAUGGAUUGUGGGGGUAAAAUGUUAUGCUCUCGAUGUGUUUGCAAGAAUCAUCAUCCUCAUCAGAUUAUCGAUCUUGAAGUUGUUGAGACGAAGAAACUGGAGCAAGUGACUCGCGAAACGAUCAUCCCACAAAUUGAGGUCUACAAUGUCUGUUUCCCAGAGCUCCAAGCGAAUUUGAUCAAGAAUUUCAAUGAGUGCCAAAAGAAAAUUCUCAGUCGAACCGAUCAACUCGGUUACCUCAAUGGGUUUGCAGAAGUAAAUGAGCAACAGAAGGCUUGCAUGGCAUUUGGCGAGAGAUUCGAGACGAUUUGCGAGAAAUAUUUGGGUGAAUUGCGAUCAUUCAACACCGGUAUUGAGAAGCUCAUCGAUGACAUCAACGAGUCGCCAAAA